AUGACGCUUCUGGCCGAGAUCUUCUCGGGCGUGACGCCUGAGCAUGCGCUGUAUAUCUUCCCGCUGAUUUCGCUGAUUUAUAUCGGCCACUUGUAUUUCCGCAACGGCCUUAGUCGCUACCCUGGCCCCUUUCUGGCCAAGUUCACCGACCUCUGGCGGUUCAUUGACGUAUGGGGCCGGCAGCCUCAUGAGACGCAUAUCGCGCUACAUCGCAAGCAUGGCGACGUGGUACGCAUCGGGCCAAACACGCUGUCCUUCAGCAACCCGGCUGCAACCAAGGUCAUUUAUGGGUUGAACAAAGGAUUUACCAAGUCCGAGUUCUACCCCGUUCAGAUGACCGUCUCCAAAGGCGAGCCGUUACCGUCCUUGUUCUCAACCUUGGAUGAGAAGUUCCAUGCGGAGCUCCGGCGCUCGGUGAACCAUGCGUUCUCGAUGAGCUCACUAGUGCAGUACGAGCCCAUGGUGGACGAGACCACGCUGCUCUACCUCGACCAGACCGAUCGCCUGUUCGCCGCGGGUGGGAAGGUCUGCGACUUUGCACGCUGGCUGCAGUUUUUCGCAUUUGACGUUAUCGGCAGCAUUACCUACAGCAAGCGCCAUGGCUUUAUCGAGAAAAAUGAGGACAUUGAUGUCGGCCAGAUGCCUUGGUUGGAUAAAGUAUUCUGGAAGAACCCAAUCUUCGAUGCGAUGCAAAAAUGGGGGCUGCUGGAUAAUUCUCAUCCCGUGGCCAUCUUCGCACGCCAACGUAUGGUAGAGCGCAUGUCCUCGAAGGCUGCGAUCGAUCCCAACUCUCGCAAUGACCUUCUUACCAAAUUCAUGAAAGCGGGUGAGCUGCGCCCCAACUUCAUGACAGAAAAAACGCGUCCUCACCAUGGCCGCCUCCAUGCUUUCGCCGGGUCCGAAACGACGGCCAUCAGUCUCGCAGCCGUGUUUUACUAUUUACUGAAGACGCCCGAGUACAUGCGACGGGUGCGGGAGGAGUUGGACGAGGCGAUCCGGAAUGGUACAAUUGAAAACCGUCCCAGUGGCCUUGUCUCGUGGACCGAAUCUCAGAAGCUUCCAUUCCUCGACGCAUGUAUCAAAGAAGCGUUUCGUAUGUUUCCCGCUGCUGGUCUUCCCCUGGAGCGUGUUACUCCUCCCUCCGGUGUAGAUAUCGCCGGCCAGUUUAUCCCCGGAGGCACAAUCGUCGGCUGUAGCCCAUGGGUGCUCCAUCGUCGCGAGGAAAUUUUCGGAUCCGAUGUGGACACAUUUAACCCUGAUAGAUGGCUGAAUGCCUCAGAGGAUAAGUUAAAAACUAUGAACGGCAUGAUGCUCCAGUUUGGUGCUGGUUCGAGGACAUGCAUCGGGAAAAACAUCUCAAUUAUGGAGAUUUAUAAACUAAUUCCAAGUUUCUUGAGAAGAUUCGACGUGCGACUGGCAUACCCCGAGCAGGAAUGGAAACUGUGGAAUGCCUGGUUUGUGCGGCAGUACAAUUUCAACACUGUAUUUACUCCCAGGAAGAUUGAGGUGCAGUAG